UACGUUGACGUUUGGACCUCAACGAAAAAGUCCCUCCUCAAGCUCGUCUGGUUGUGAGUGUGUGGCCGCAGAGCUGAAGGUUAGGCUGCCAGAAACAUCACCAGCAUCCCGGCCAGCUGCCGCCGCUUCCCCCGAUGGAUGACCAAGCGGUCGUCACGGCGAGCCAGACAACAGUAACCGGGAAUGAUGAUGGGGCCAAGACGGAGAGCAACCCCGAGUACAUGGCAUUUGUGCUGGUGCCAGUUUUCUUCCUCCUGGGGCUGCUAGGGGUGGUCAUCUGUCACGUGCUGAAGCGGAAGGGUUACCGCUGCACCACUGCCGAUGCGCCGGAAGAGGACGAAGUGCAAGAGGCGUGCGAAGGAGAGGAAAAGGAUCCGGAACUGGGUGGAGAGUUAAACGACACCGUCAGUGACAACAAUGACACAGUUGGACAGAUCGUCCAUUACAUCAUGAAAAAUGAAGCCAACUCUGAUGCCCUAAAAGCCAUGGUUCAUGACAACAGCAUUGAUUCUGAUGGAGCGCCCAUCACCCCCUCAUCUCCCCUGACGCCCUCCCCACCCAUGACCCCGACAUCCCCAGGAGCGCCCCCGGGGGCCGCCAAGCACACCUGCAACCACCUGCACACCAUUGGCGGCGUGGGAGGUCACAAAAACAUCUGCACGCGUUGCAACCAGAAGAAAUGGCCGCUCGUGAGCAAGCCGGCGGCUCGCAGGGUGGAGCAGCGCCGCACCCACCACGGGGAGGUCACGGUGCUGUCCGUGGGCAGGUUCCGUGUAACAAAAUGUGAAAAACCUACCAGGGAACGACGGACGCUGCUAAUAGCAGAUCCCAACAGGAGUGUCCCAUCCGAUGACGCUGUGUCAAAUAGCCGGACGAUAUCCGAGUCCCAAGAGGAGGACAAAGACAACUGAAAGAAAUCAAGCUUUUUCCAAAGACACUUUUGAAGCCUCCCGACGACAACGUCGACACACGAGCAAUAUCUGGACCAGCGAGGCGUAGUCACGCAAGCCUCUUAGUUUGCAGCUACGGAGGAGCAACGCAAGUGUUUCUUUCUGAUUUCAUUUCAACGCCUCCUCGGUUUAAUCGGACUGGAAUCGGUACGAGCAGUCGGAUACAAGCUAAGCUAAGUGUCAAAUGUUUAUGUGUAUAUCGAUAAGUGCGAGUAUAUCAUUUACAAUGGCUUCUAUAGUAGUGUUGCACCGAUACUAGUAUUGGUAUACAAGAUGUAGCCUGCCGCUAAUGAGCUAGCGGCCAUCUUGGGCAGGGCGACCAGUGAUUGAAAAAUAGAUCUCGAUCUGUUAUUUUAGCGCCCUAUUAUCGGUGCAACACUACCCCCAAAAAAAUGUAUAUUUUUUCAAGACAUAUAUGCCUUUUUUUUUAUUUUAACGUGACUUUAGGUCAACUUAAUUUUACUGUUAGCAUUUCAUUUGUAUUUUCUCAAGGUCUACAGGUUGUUUGGUCCAUUUCAUCUUGUUUUCCUUCAUUUUGGUUUGACUUUUAUCUCACAUGGCGAGCGUUAGCCGCUAGCUUAAGUGAUGCCAAAGUAAGAGCGUUACCUCUUCUCUCAUUUUUCCGAGGGUUACUCUCCUUUUUUUCAUAUAUAUGUAUUUGUUUAUAACGUCAGUGUCAUCACAUCACUUUUUGGAUGUUUUAUUCAUUUCUGCUGUGUGUGUUUUUUUUAUUUAAAGACAGAAAACAUGGAAAUAAAAAGGAAUGUAUACAUGAAUUCUCAUUGUUAGCAUGUAGCAUUACAGAUGAAGCACACAACUCUAUCAAUACUCCUUGGAUAUUAUGAUCAACAACACAAAAUGAAAUGUUAAAUUUGCUUGAUGAACUCUUUCAAUGCCAAUAAUGAGGCUCUUAAUAACUCAAAACUCUAUCGCUAGCGGCGUGACAAUUUAUCAUGACACGCAAAGACGCUUCACAAGAAAGCUGGGUACACAGUAGCUUAACAACAAUGACAAAUCAUCAUAAAAUUAGAUUAAAAGCAGGAUAAGAGUAAAUAAAAAUUUAGGAGGUCAAGAUAAAUCCGAGAUAAGGAUCAUGGUGGGUAAGAAAGAGUAAACAGGUGUGUUUUGAGUCUACAGUGGUAUGAAAAGUAUCUGAACGUUUUGGAAUUUUUACAUAUUUCUGCAAAAAUCCCAAUAACGUGAUUUGAUCUAUGUCAAAAUCACACAGAUGAAAAAACUGUCUGCUUUAACUAAAACCACACAAAAAUGUAUAGGUUUUCAUAUUUUAAUGAGGAUAGAAAGCAAACAAUGACAGAAGGGGGAAAAAUAAGGAAGUGAAAAAUCACGUUUAAUAUUUUGUGCCCCCCUUUGGCAGCAAUAACUUCAACCAAACGCUUCCUGUAGCUGCAGAUCAGCCUGGCACAUCAAUCAGGACUAAUCUUGGCAAAUUAGCUUUUUCUGUUGAAUUUUUUUGUGACUUAAUGCUUAAAUCCUUGAAUUCUUUAUAGCUACAGUGGUAUGAAAAAGUAUCUGAACCCUUAGGAAUUUUUCACAUUUCUGCAGAAAAUCACCAUCAAAUGUGAUCUGAUCUUUGUCAAAAUCACACAGAUGAAAUAACAGUGUCUGCUUUAACUAAAAGUACUCAAACAUUUAUAGGUUUUCAUAUUUUAAUGAGGAUAGCAUACAAACAAUGACAGAAAGGGGGAGAUAAGUAAAUGAAACAUCACGUUUAAUAUUUUGUGCUCCCCCCUUUGGCAGCAAUAACAUUAACCAGAUGCUUCCUGUAGCUGCAGAUCAGUCUGGCACAUCGAUCAG